AUGUUGUUGUCUCUGUUGUUCAAAGUCAUGGCCAUUUCUUUGAUCCACGGCGUGUCAAGUAGCGGUCACCAACUUCAUCACUUCCCUUCCUCCCCCUCCAAGCCCCCAAAGAUGGAAAUGGCACUGUCACAACUGCGGCGCCAAGUACUGUAUUGCCACCACUCGACGCUGCCUGGCUUGCUCGCAUUACUUCUGCACCACUCUCACCUCUCCCGUCGUCAAGCCCAACCCCAAUUCUAA